CGUCAACCCAACACUUCGUACCACACGCAGUAUAGAGCACUCGCUAAAACAAUAUCCGUAUCCAAGUUGAUCAAGAAAUAUCUCGUAUACAAACUCACAAUCUAUCAUGGGCUCGUCUUCUUCAAAGACUGCAUACUCAGCCAACAACACACGUGGGGCAUCAGUCGCUGCGUACGAAUUAUCGAGCGCUCUGACUGAUACCUUGAACGAGAUCAACUUGAAUGGUCAUUUACAAAACUGGAUUGGUAGCUUGAACGAGCAACUUCGUCAGCUGCUUGAACGUCUAGAUCAAGAAGCAGCCAAGUACACCAACUCCAAGGUCAACGAUGACGAAUCAAGAGAAUGGGACCCGUCUCAGGCUGAAGUCCAGCUCAUAUCCGUGGCCUGGAAGUGUGCUCGUGGGACUUAUGACCUUGAAGGCACCGUGACUGAUACCGGUUACUGCACGUUUCGCCGUGAUCAAGUAGUCGACAGCUCUUUCGCGGGAACCGUCAAACUCAUCACAUCAACUAUCAUCGAGGCGAAGACAGGCUCACGGAUAAUUGAGUCAUUGCCAGUUCUAGUGCUUGCGAUACGUGGAAGUGCCAGUAAGAUGGACCACAUUGUUAAUGCCAAUGCCCAGCCCAGAACGACCGAAAGUUUUAUUGGAUGUCUAGAGGACCUUAAAGCCCAUUCUGGCUUCUUGAAUAGUGCACGAGCUCUGGACUCGAUUGUCACAAAUCUAGUCAAUAAGUACCUGGAGUCUUUUCCUGAGAUGAGUGAGAAGAAACCGCAUGUUCUUUUUACGGGACAUUCCGCCGGCGGAGCUGUAUCACAAUUAUUAUAUCUUCGCCAUAUGUCUGACCAAAAUUUAAACCAGUCUGCGAGAUUUUCGUGCGUCACAUUUGGUGCACCUCCUUGCUUGACCCAGCACGUUGAUCUUGACAUAUUUCAGCCAAGUAGUGGAACCGUGUGCGUCAACGUUAUCAACGAGUUCGAUGUGGUUACUCGAGCCGACAAACCAUACAUCUUAUCUCUGGUAGAUGUCGCCAGAGCAAUGCUAGACUUGCCACCAAAGGCAACCGUCUCUGAGCUUGAAACAAGCGAAGGGAUAGUCAGCGCUGCUUUAGAAGCUACUAGAGAUGAAAAACACCCUCUUUCAGACGAUUCUGAAGACUUUCCUGUCAAAGAAUCAAACUUUUGGCGCUUUCCUCAGCCUUUCUACCACCAUGUCGGACCUAGAGUUAUUCUGUUGAUGCGCUUCGUUGACAAUCAGAUGAGUCUCAAAGCAGUCGAAUGCUUUAGAGCAGGGACGUUUCAAUAA